AGACAGGUGAAACCGCCUCUGUGUCCAUCUUUCUUGAAGGCAAGAACGUUUUUCGGGAUUUCCUGGCCAAUCCUCCCCCACUACCGACGCAAAAGCUCCUGAAACGGCCAUUGUUUUUAAGGCCAAGUGGGGACCUAAAGCCAGAGGAGCCAGUAAGGCGCCAUAUUUGAGAUGCUCAAGAAAGAGGCCCUUAAGUACAACCAGUGGCAACUGAAGCCAAGCUACCGCCAUAUUUUCUAAAGGCAUCUUCCGGGUCCUUUAACCCGCAUCUCAGUCCAGCGGCCAUGAAGUGAAUAAACACCUAGGAGUUUUAUUUGUCUCCACCAGAACCCCUGAAACCCUAGCAGCAAGUCCCUGCUAUUGUGGUUUCCAUUCCAGGCAGCGAUCGGAGCCCAAGGCUGGGCAGGGCCGGGGCCUGGACGGCCCUUCCCGUGGACGGCGAGAGCUGAGGCCGGGAGCGGGGAGGCAGUGGCCCCGAGGACGAGGCGGCCAGUGCUCGGGGCCCCAUGGCGCCACCCCCAGGCCGCCUCCUCCUGGCGCCACGACCCGGGGAUACCCAGCCUGGUCGCGGGAAGCCCGGGGCUGUGAAGUUCGCGGACGUGGCCGUGUACUUCUCCCCGGAGGAGUGGGGCUGUCUGCGGCCGGCGCAGAGGGCCCUGUACCGGGACGUGAUGCGCGAGACCUACGGCCUCCUGAGCGCGCUCGGAUUCCCGGGCCCCAAACCAGCCCUCAUCUCUUGGAUGGAACAGGAGAGUGAGGCUUGGAGCUCCGCCGCCCAGGAUCCUGAGGAGGGGGAAAGCCUGGUCGGAGCUCUGAAAGGCACCCCACCCAGGAAGGAGGAACCUGAAGGAGAGCCGGGAGAGAAGGGACCUGGAGUGACUCCCGAGAAGGAGCUGCCUGAAGAGCUGGAUAACCACAGUCCGGACUCCUCUGUCAGCAUGGUCUCAGCAGCAUCGCAGCCACCCACAAAAGCUGCCUGGGGCCAGAUGGCAGUGGCACAGCCUCCUGUCCCUGCGGCCACUGGGGAUGCUCAGGACAACCAGCGGCGCCACGUGUGUGCAGACUGCGGCCGCCGCUUCACCUACCCGUCCCUGCUCGUCAGUCACCGGCGCAUGCACUCCGGAGAGCGGCCCUUCCCUUGCCCCGAGUGUGGCAUGCGCUUCAAGAGGAAGUUUGCCGUGGAAGCUCACCAGUGGAUCCAUCGCUCCUGCUCCGGGGGGCGGCGGGGCCGGAGACCUGGGAUCCGAGCCGUGCCUCGGGCCCCAGUCCGAGGUGACCGGGACCCACCUGUGCUCUUCCGGCAUUAUCCUGACAUCUUCAAGGAGUGCGGGUGAAUGGCCCCCCAAGGCUGGAGUUGAGCCCAACCUUGGCACUAAAGGCUGCCUGGCUCCUGAAGCCGCGACUUGGGAACUGAAAUUCAUCCCUUAGGCUUCUUUCAAGGGUCCCUCAAAUUUCCAGACUUGUAGAAAGAAAAGUGCCUGUAAAGAUCAAACAGAUUAAGCUGGGUGUGGUGGCACAUAGCUGUUAUCCCAGCAAUCAGAAGGAGGCAGUGCUAUUAUCCCAGCACUGAGGCAGGAGGAUCACUGUUUGAGGCCAGCCUGGGCUACAUAGUGAGUUCUAGGCCAGCCUGAACUGCAUCGUGAGACCCUGUCUCAAAACAACAGAAACAAAGAAAUGGAACAGAUUAAACUUGACAACCUUUUUCCUAUUCUUUUGUUUAAAAAAAGAGAAGAGAAGAAGAGAAUGAGACCGUGCACUCUUCUCACAGUGUUACCUCAGUAGCAGGUGCAGCUAAGUGUCAGGAGGCCUUUCCUUUAUCUCAGGCAACAGCCACUGGCUCCUUACCUGGUGAGGAGGUAAAUGCUGACAGGGACUCGGGCCUGGGGGAGGGCCCAGAGGCAGGAUUUGGCCUAACCUGGUUACCCAUCCCCUGGCAGCUGGGCAGGGCAGAGUGCUGCUAGUAAGUCACAUGGCCCUGAGCCUCGGUUUCCUCAUCUGCAAAGGGAAGGAAGGUUAAUAUCAUCUACCUCAGAGAUUUGCCAUGAAGACUGAAAUCUGAGUGGGAUAAUAUGUAUGAGAUCGUAAAUGUGCAAUAAACAUUUGUUGAAUGAG